AUGCUUCCUUACACUCGAUUGCUUGAUAGAUGCAUCAAACUUCGAUUCAGCUGCUUAAAGAGAUUCCUGAGCAUCCCUAGCGCUUCCAACGAAGGGCACGCUCAUUUCAUCAAUGUUUUGACAGACGUGUAUAACAUCUUCGCCGAGUACAAGAACCAGGAAUUCACUGAGGAAACCAAGGCAUACAAAUUGAGGUCACCUACCAAUCGCUUCGCUGAACUUGCUGUCGAAGAAGACGAAGAUGUCGAAGACCUCGCCGAUAUCUUCCUUCCUGAACCACCUCGUCCACCAACUGUUUCUCCUGCUCGAAUCAGAUGUAUGCCAGAACCUUCACGAGAGGAGUUGCUGUUGGGAGCUUUGGCAUUCUUCGAGGACGUGCAUCAUAUACGGGACGAGAUUAUUGGGGUUUGGGAGAGGUACAAGUCAGGCAAGAUCAGCUUGAUAACUGCUGCUGUGACAACCAACGCCGCUUUGGAACUCCUACGGAAGCCGCACGAAGAUGUGGUCAAGUCAAUCCUUCCAGGGUUCGAGAACAACCUUCCUAAUCUACUGGUUAUCCUCUUCAAUGUACUAUACUCUGCCGUCACCGGCACAAGCGGUAUCAGAAUUCCCCCGCUUUGGGACGAGGUCAACGAGAGAUACACGGCGUCGCACGAUCUUUUCGACCACGGCUCGAUCCCAGUUUCAAAACCUGGAUAUUUCGGUCAAUACGAUUCUUCCGUCGAUGUGCGUCAGGCCUCGUUCAGUCGAAGAUGCCAUCAAAGUCAAAUCUUCAUCUGCGAGACAUAUUUGGAAUACCUCCCUCUCAUCGCAUUCGGCGAUGUCAUCUCGAAACAUAUGCUGACACCAGCUGCUGAAGUACAAAUCGACGGCCGACCCAUAAACAUAUACCUUUUCGAUGAAAUGGCUGUAGAGAUCGAUACAUUCCGGCAAACCGAAACCCCAUCUCUUCUGCUUUUGAUCUUUGGUCAGAUCUUUGUCGAUAUCAAUCUCGUUCUGGGCACCUCUGCCCCCAAAGCUCUUCAUCAUCUACGAACCGAAGCCGUUCACAUGCUUGCGACCUUAGAGAGGAGGACUGAAACGGAACCUGCUGCCCAUCCGAUCACUUGGCCUCCUGAAAAUGAAGAAGUCAUCGGGUCUUUCAAGUACGAGCUCAAUUUCUGGAGAUCAGUGUCCACUGCGUCCGGUGAUAUAGGGUUCAAACUCGUGAACUCAUUUGCGACACUGCUCUCAACCGCUCAUCUGGUCGCUGCGUGUCGGUUAUUUGGCUUGAUGCCUGGUGCAUCGAUGCCUUCCUGGCCCGACAUGGACCUUGUCUUUAAUAUCCACGGUAAAGAGGACAUCUUUGGCGGCAAAUACCCCGACAACAUCGAUGAUUCUCUGGUGUCAUGGCAUUACAUGAUGGGAUACUCAACCGAAGCACUUGGGGCAUUACGCCAUGUUGGUACGGAUUCACCGAUUCCAAGCUACCUGCGCAAUCGAACCAGAGAUGCAAAUCUGAUGUCCAGGUCAGGAGCCAAGCGUCUUCGCGAUCAUUCUCAGAUUCUACCAAUAUUCGCCAAUAAAUACCGAUCGGCCUUCAUCGCGGGAACUACAUAUGAUAUCAAUAUUUUGGAUAAACUCUUUCAAGAUAUCCAAGCAGAUCAACAGGAUGCUGGACGAACGGCAUAUAGGUCUUCUCGUAAUGUCAAGGUUCGAAGAGAACGUAAUCAUCGAAGCCCGAAGUAUUCGAUACUACAAAUGAUCUCACUAUUGGAAGCUGGUCUGGAAGCUGAGACCGCAUCAAUUCGAUUCGACUACAUCUCGAUGCACCUGCGUUGCUUCUCGAUAUUGGACAAAGUUCGAUUAUCGGCCCAUGAUUAUAUAACAGGUAAAGUGGGUCCAGAUUAUCUUGACAAUGAUUCCCAGCUUCCAUACGUGGUCGGUUGGAUCCUACAAUUAGCUGCUUUCUCUGCUCGAGCUGCAGCCCAGAUUGGUAUCAAGCGAGAAGGAAAGGGGGCGAUUGAUAUCCGAAGUCAACGUUUGAUGGAAGCGACAAAGGUGCUUGGUACUUACCUAAGGGAAACUGGUGAAGGAGAUGCCGAGUUCAAGCGAAUGAGAAAUGUUUAA